CUGUUGUAUAUUCCCAUGUUCCUGAGUACAUGCAUCAUGAAGACACUAGCCAUUCUGUUCUCGAUCGCUCCGUUCACAUUCGCGCAUCCAAGGCCUACAAAGCCUCUCUCAUGGACCCUCACACCCACAAACAGUACGCAACAGUUCCGCGGCCUCUCGCCUGUUGACGAGAAGGUGCUGUGGGUGUCCGGUACGUCUGGCACCGUCCUACGUACCACCAACUCCGGGAGAACAUGGAUUGACGUGUCCCCACAAUUUGCGUCCGAGAAUGCUUCAGACUUCCAGUUCCGCGAUAUCCAAGCUUUCUCCAAGGACAAUGCCGUUGCUUUAUCGAUCGGUGAAGGGAACUUGUCACGCAUCUACAAAACGGACAAUGGCGGAAAAAGUUGGAGACCCACAUUUAUCAACGAGGAAAAGACUGCAUUCUACGACUGCAUGGCAUUCGAGACAAAAAGAGGCAGAGAAGGUCAUGGCGUUGCAAUGAGCGAUCCUGUCGAUGGCAAAUUCCGUCUACUAGAAACGUGGGAUGGAGGUGCGCAUUGGUCUAUUGUUUCGAACAACACGAUGCCGCCUGCGCUGGACGGCGAAUUUGGCUUCGCAGCAAGCGGAACGUGCAUUGAAGCUGCGGCGGGCCGAUGGUACAUCGCAAGCGGCGGCGUGGAUCCUGGAAGAAUCUUCUACACAAGUUCCGAUAGCGUCAGUCAUGGCUGGCAGGUCGCGAACUCGUCCAUCUCUGGUGGUGCCGCUGCCGGUGUGUUCUCAGUACGUUUUCGCGAUACGCGUCACGGUAUCGCAGUCGGCGGAGACUAUGAGAAACCCACAGCCAGCAACAACACGGCGUCUUGGUCGAACGAUGGCGGCAUGAGCUGGCGAAAGGCUGACUCAUUUCCGCGCGGAUAUAGAUCGGGCGUCAGUUGGGUGCCGGGGAGGAGACAAACAGCCGUUGCAGUUGGAACCAGUGGAUCCGAUGUCACUAUCGACGCAGGGAGAAAUUGGCUGGCUGUCGGUAAUGGAACGUUCGACGCUGUCGAGUGCGUUGAGCGAGACGUUUGCUGGGCCAGCGGGUCUGGCGGACGGGUUGCAAAACUAGAUCUACGGGGGCUAUGAGCAACGAUGCCAAUUUGAACCACCUUUAUCAGUUCAAUCAAAUCUGUUCUUUGGUAAAAUUAGAGAGAAAAGGCCGGAAAUAAUGAAAGAUUGAAGCUAGAAAGCACUGCUGAUGCUGUUACGCGUCGCAAGGAUAUGAUGUCAUCCCCUACGUUUUCGCUUCAGACGCUCCCUACGCAACAUGCUAAUUCCACUUGUGCCUUAACAUAUAGCUCCAUUGAAGCGGUUUGCUAAACUUGCUCGCGAGACUUUGCCCUCCUCACGACUUUUUGGGGUGCUUCGGCCUGGAUAGACGCACUCGCUUUCGUAGGCUUCCCG